AACCAGCUUCGGUCCAGUUAACCAGUCAGCGAGGCGGCCUAUCGCUGAGGGUAGCGAGGGUGGCGUCCACCACCUCCGUCCGAGCCGCCCCCUACGCCCACCCCCAGCACCAGGAGCUGGGGCAGGAGUGCAGGUGUAGGGAGGAGACGGGGGCAUUGGGUGGAGGUGGUGCGCACAUCCUCGGCAGCCCGAUGCUGUUCGUCCCGUUCACGGUGCCCACCUUCCCCGCGACGCAUCAUCAGACGACCCACCCUGCGCAUCAGACGCAUCAUCAACAGCUGCAGGCCACUACCCAGAAUCCGGUUCAGCAGCCGCAACAACUUACCCAGCUCAAUCAGCUGAGCCACCUGAAUCACCAAGGUAUCGUGUCGGCUACGACCAACCAGCCGACCAUACAUAGCACCAGCUGUUCGCCGCAGCAGCAAUCAACGACCCCCAACAAGGAGAUGAAAGUUAACUGGGCGACGUCGCCGGGAAACCAACCAAAACAAGACACCAGCAGUGAGUACGAAAUUGAGUGUCUCGAAAUUUAUAUUUUCUUGUUUUAG